AGUAAGUUCGCCAAAAUGGAAAAAAGAAAAGACACUUUGAGUGCUUUUAGAGCGUGUCGUUUUUGUUUGUCUCAAGAUGGAUCUCUAAAAAAUUUACAUGAAAAAAUCCAAAUACCGAAAAAUUCUGUACCUUUUGCAUUGAAAGUAUUAGCAUGCAUCGCAGUGGAGAUAUUCCCCUCGGAUCGGAUGCCGCCGCAUGUGUGCAGCCGCUGUAAAUUUUUCAUGGAACUCUUCUAUGAGUUCAAACAGAUUUGCCGCAGAGCAGAUGCCUCUAUACUAAGUUACCUUCAAACUGGUACUCCCCUGGAACCAAUUUCCUGGCCCUCUUCACUGGUUAAGUUAUUCCGCCAAGGAGUCAAGCCCAAAGUGGUUAAAACUGUAGUGGAGGGCGGAGCUACUGUCGAAGUUACUUCACAAGAUGCCAGCGAUAGUGAGGAAGAUGAUGAAAAUGUUUAUAAUGUUAAGAUAGGAGAUGGAGACGAAGACUCAGCAUGUAUCAAAGUCGUGGAGGGCAAAGAACAAAAUAUCAAAAGCAAACCCAAGCGUGGUUCAGAUUCUGAAGAGGACUUGUCACCAUUCGAGCUGGAGCAGGAGGACAGACAACAGGCGCGCGGAUUGACUGAUGGGUGCUGGGCAUGCAAUCAUUGCCACCGGACUUUUCCUCUGCAGCAACUACUAGAGCUCCAUAUAGUAUCGAAACAUCGUGCCCGUACUGUCUCUUGCGACCAAUGUGAUGCAAAAUUCUUCACAAAGUACGAUUUAGCAACGCACCAGUUGCGGCACUCUGACGAGACGCCCUUCAAGUGCUCUGGUUGUGACCGAUUUUUCAAACGUCAAUCACUGUUAAAGAGGCAUGAAAAAAUAAUGCAUUCAGACCUGCUCCAUGAAAAAUGCCCGCACUGUCCAGCAACAUUUUUGUCCACUGAGGAGUUAGAAGCCCACCAACAGAAACACAGCAAUACCGGAGAUCGACCCUUCCCAUGCUCGCUGUGUGAUAAGAGGUUUCGCCUUAACUGCACACUGGACCGUCACUUGGCGGUUGUACACAGAAACCGACGGGAAUUCUCCUGCGAAUACUGUCCCGAGCGAUUUUCCACAGUGUCGAAGUUGACUCGGCAUGUGCGUUCCCAUGCAGGCGAAAGACCGUACCCGUGCAAAUACUGUGACAAAGCUUUCACAAAAUCUCAUCAUUAUACCAGACAUGUCCGCGUGAAACAUCCAAAUCAAGAGCCAUCGAUAGAACUGGAGCAAUACCCUUGCGAGCAAUGUUCGGACACGUUCGCAAACCAAGACGAGUUGAUCUACCACUCAGCCGUCCACGCGACGCAGAACCUCACCUGCCCGCUAUGCCAAGAGAAGUUUCAGAACGUCGACGGUGUCACUGCGCACAUUAAAUCUCAUAUCAAUGGUGUAGAGUUCAUGUGUGACUUCUGCGAGCUUGUGUUCACAUCGAAGGAGAAACUGGAAAACCAUGUCAUCGCCGCUCAUGAUGAAGAAUUCCGUAGUACACAAGUUAGUAUGGAACCUGAUGACUCUUCAAUGGAUAUGGAUGACGAAGAAGACGAAGAAGGAAAUGGGAUCAACGUCAAAGAAGAGGGCGACCACAUAGCGAUAGAAAUAAAGAAACCAGAGGGAUUCAUGCUACCAGUGCACGCAGAGCAGGAAGAAAAGAUGGACACCACUAAUUCCGAAGAUAGUGACACUGAAGCAACAUUGCCAGAACUACCAACGACGAACCCUCUACCCCCAACACGCAAGUCGCCACCAAAGACGGUCCCCGCUAAACUCGAGGCCAUGGAAACUGCAACUUCCAAACCCAUUGAAGUCAAAACUGUUAAGGGCACCGCUAGUCAGUUAGCUAAUAUAUUGAAGAAAGCCGAAGAAAUAAAACGCAAAGCGGCAGAAACUCUAGGGGCAACUGCAAAGAAGGACAAAAAUACCAAAGUGGAGAGCAGCAGUUGCGGUGGCGCCAGCGACAAAUCGCUGCGCUUACUCGAGAAAGAACUACAGGAAUUGAAAAGGACUAAUAGCACCCGUUCGGAAUCAACUAAGACUCCAGCUAAAGCAAUGGAAACGUUACGAAAUAGACGACCGCAACUCCACACUUCUGCUUCUAAACUAAGGCUCAUUGACGAACGUAAAACUCCAUCUAUCAAAUCACCUGCUAUAGAAAAGAAGGCAUCCGAGAGGCGCGCUGUGAAAGAGAACAAGGAGCCUAGAGAGAAAGAGAAACCUAACAAUGGCAAUGUCAAGGAAGAUAGAGAUGUCAAGAAUAAGGAAGAUAAAGAGUCUAAAGUUAAGGAAGACAAAGAACCAAAAGCUAUGAAGGAAGAGACUGUUAAAGAUAAGCAAGGUGCUGUGAAAAAUGGGGGCAACGACAGAAACAACAGCGAAGACGGCAUUCGUCGAUCGUCUCGGCCAUCCAAGAUAAAAGACUAUGCUAAAAUGAUACGUGACAGAAUUGAACCAGAUUCCGAUGAAACUGAGGAUGAUGAUGAAGAAUAUGUGGAAACAGAUAAACCGGAGAGUCGUCCUAAGACUCGUCGCACUAGCCUAAAACAAAAACCGACGAAACCGGCACCUACCGCAGCCGCAAGCUCUGCUGCAGCUACAACCGCUAGUGCAGAGAAACCUACGCCUAGAAAGAGAGGACGACCGCGCAAGGAGCCACAGGAUAUACCUGCCAAACUAAAGAAAGAAGAAACUGAAGAGGAAACUGAGAGCCAACCCGAGAAUGAAACUGACAACAGUACCGUUGCUGAGGCAAAAUCGCCAGUAGAGCCAGAAACUGAAACAAAACAUGACAAACAGGCGGAGAAGAUUGAGGAAGCUGGUCACGCUGAUACAACUAAAGAACAACCUAUAGAGGAAAAGAAACCAGAGGCGACCACACCACCUGGUCCAACUUUGAAAAAGGUAUCGAUGAAAGCUCUGCCUCCAGGAGUCAAGCCGCUCCCGUUGCCGCUUAAUGCUCGACCAGCUGGUGAAUUGUGUCAGAUGCAAAUAGGUCAGAAAAUGGUGAAAGUCCAGAAGAUCAUUAUGCCCAAAGCUGCUGUGGAAGACAUGCAGAAGAAAGGAUAUCUUGAGAUGAAGGGCGGCACUAUGGUUUUGAAGCCUGGCAUAAAACUUGAUCAAAAAGGAGCCAUCGUUCCCCCAGAGGCUGGUAAAGACGUUAAAGAAUCUCCAAAGCCGACGCCUACUCGUUGCCCAGACGACGAUGCAUAGAUUAAUACUCACGUAUCAACCAAACUAUGAAUGUUUUGAUCAUGCAUAAAAUAUUAAGAAAACUUUGUGAAACUAUUUGAACGUUCUGUCGAUUGAUCAAGUGUUUUGAGAUAUUAAUUGUUGGCUACUACAAGAUUAAUGGAACUACGUACUUUUUUAUAUGUUUUAGCUCCUAGCUUAAAAAAACAAUCGCAUAUUUCAACCACAUGACAAAACCAAAAUGGCGAACUGCCUACAUCUCGGCAAUAUUUCUUCUUAUGCAAAAACCUGUUAAUAAAUCUUCUUUUUAAUAUUUUGGGCAAUUUGUAAAGCUAAACAAUUAAUCUGUCAGUCCGUAAUUCAAUGUUGUAUUUUAAAAUAAGUCUUAAUAGAGUAAAACUCGUAGACGUAACGUAACGACUUGUGUCGUUCAAAAAGUACCAGUAGAUGUAAACCGUAAUUGUAUCCGAGGUGAAGGUGAAACAAAGUAGUGUUGAUAACACCAGUUGCGAACUGUCCUCUAUUUAGCACUCGUACAAUUUAGACUGAUACAGAUAUUUUUGCUUAUUAAUUUGAUAGUUGCGUUUACGUAAGCCCUUCGAUAGACUUAGGAUAAAACCGUAGCCGUGCGGCAUACGUAAACUUCUAUGAAAUAGUAUUUAAUUGCAUUUGCGCCACUUGCUAUCCCCAUAGGCCGUUGCAACUAGUUUCAUAACAGCAGUAAACUCUUUAAAAAUUAUCUCUAAAGCUUUACAAACUUAUGCUAGGCAACUACCGCUGCAUGUGACAAUUAUAACGCUUCGUUUAAUUCAUGCCAAUAAAUUGCAUGCAGCAUAAUCUAUCACUAAAGUAAUAGGUUGAAGUCUGCCAAAAACGUGCCGAAAAUCUGUCAAUCACACAUUUUCACACGAUUUUUUAAAGUACCAAAAUGGUGUUGUCAACUUGACUAACUAUUUUGUAACACCUAGCCGUAUUUAAAUUGUAUUUAACUUCUAUAUAACUCUUAACUUCUGCAUAAUUUACUUCAUGGACAACUUGUAUACGUUGUCAACAUUGUCAAUGUACUCUAAAGUAAGAUUAAGUGUCGAAUGUAUGUUUAUUGUUACGAUAAGUAUGUUGUAUAAUUUAGAAAAAUCGCUGAUUUAUUAUUUUCGCUUUCGAUUGACUAAAAUUAUCACUGAGAGCAAUGAUCACAUUUUUACAAUGGAAU